CGCAGUUGCGCAGAGUCACUAGAGAGAGCGACUCCACAGAUCCUGUACUGCUUAUACAUAUAUUUUCAUUUUUAUUUCAAAUAACCACACCAAUCGCGAUUAUGCCGGGAAUGAUGGAUAAAGGGUCGGAAUAUCUGGGGAAAGGUCGCUCAAAUGGCACGAAAAGCCCGUCGAACGCCUCGAACGGACAUUUUUCAGACGAGAGCGGCAGUGACGACGAGCACGAUGUCGGUAUGCGUGUGGGGACGGAUUACCAAGCUAAUAUUCCAGAGUUUGAUCCAGGUUCCGCAAAAUACAGUGAUAAAGACAGUGGUGGCAUGCUCGUUUGGUCUCCACAUCACACAAUAGUUGAUUCGAAAUUGGAUGAGUACAUUGCCAUUGCAAAAGAAAAGCAUGGGUACAAUGUUGAACAGGCUCUUGGCAUGCUCUUCUGGCAUAAACACAACAUCGAGAAGUCCCUGGCUGAUCUCCCGAACUUCACCCCUUUCCCUGAUGAGUGGACGGUGGAGGACAAGGUGUUGUUUGAACAAGCGUUCAGUUUUCAUGGAAAGAGCUUCCAUAGGAUCCAGCAGAUGUUGCCGGACAAAUCCAUAUCCAGUCUUGUGAAGUACUACUACUCGUGGAAAAAAACGCGGUCCCGGACGAGCCUGAUGGAUCGGCAAGCACGAAAGCUGGCAAAUCGAAGUAAUCAAGAUGAAAGUGAGGAGGAGAUGGAAGAGGCCAACCCCAUUGAGGCAAACGACAGCGAUUAUGACCCUACAAAAGAGGCAAAGAAGGAGAAUCACACUGAGCCUCAGACAGUGAGUUCCAAGAUUGGAAUGGGACGGCGAGACCAUCAGACCCUACAGCACCGGCAUCACUCCCAGCGGUCAAAGUGCCGCCCACCCAAAGGCAUGUACCUCACACAGGAGGAUGUGGUGGCCAUCUCCUGCAGCUCCAGCGCAGCAAACACUGUCCUGCGUCAGCUAGACAUGGAGCUGGUGUCUCUCAAACGGCAGGUUCAAAAUGCCAAGCAGUUAAAUAGUGGACUUAAACAGAUGAUUGAAGAUGGGGUUGAUGAAUUCCGGCUGCCUGAGUGCACCCAAAAAAUUAAUGCCCGCUGGACAACAGACGAGCAGCUCCUGGCAGUACAAGGUGUACGGAAAUACGGGAAGGAUUUCCAGGCCAUUGCUGACGUCAUCGGGAAUAAAACCGUGGGACAGGUGAAAAACUUUUUUGUGAACUAUCGCCGGCGCUUUAACCUGGACGAGGUGCUUCAGGAGUGGGAGGCAGAACGGGGAACUCGAGCCCCCAAUGGAGACGGUGCCAACUCUGGUGAGGACGGAAAGAACAGCAACACCUCCUCAGGAAAGAGCACGGAUGAGGAAGAGGACGAGGGUCAGGUGACUCCAGCGUCUGGACCAUCUCCUGUAGCCACAUCAUCAGCUUUAACGCCCGCCACCAGCUCCACGUCUUUCAACCAGCCCCCUCCUCUUCUGCGCCCCUCCCUGCCUGCCACCCCAGCCCUACACCGCCAACCGCCACCACUGCAGCAACAAGCCCGCUUCCUCCAGCCACGUCCCACCCUAAACCAGCCGCCGCCGCUCAUUCGACCCUCUAACCCCCUCCCUCCGCGCCUCAACCCAAGACCCACGGCGCUUGUUGCCAGCUCCGGCCCCACAGCCCCGGCCCAGCAGCCACCCACUCUUGUGGGCAUCCAGUCUGAAACUGCGUCCUCGUCUUCUCUGCACUGACGGCUUUAUAUUUGAAAUCAGUUCGGUCAUACUAAAAUCUAUUGUUAUGUUUUAAACUGUACAUAUUAGGUAUGUAACUGUUUCUAUUUAUUUGAAAUACUUAUAACAGAUUUGUUUAACUUUAGAAUUUGUAAUCAUGUUGUAACUUAAGUCUUGAAAAACUGAAAAAUAAUGUGCUGUAUUUCUGCACUUUUACCUGGUUGUUGUUUGACUCCAAUGCAUUUAAAGUACAGUGUAACGUUAUACCUCUGAAAAAGGGCUUGCUUGUUGUUUUGUUGAUCUUGUGUGUUAUCUGUGGUUGUUCACGUGUCUUGGUUACUCUGUACUUAUCACAAGCCCUUUUGACAUUUAAUCAUGUGCAGGUUAUGAAUUGCAGAUAGUAAUUACAUUUUCACUUGUUAAAAUGUUUAUUCUUGAUAUAAGCGAUGGUAUUACUGCUAGUGAAAAUGCCCAUUUAUUUUUAAAGAAUUAACUUUUUACUAGUGCAAAUGUAAUUUACUAAUCUGCAAUGGUGCCACUUCUCGUGUAAAUACCCAUUCUUCAUAUAAAAAAUGCUAAAGUAUUUUGAGAUAUAUGUAACAGCAUUUUCACUAGUAGAAUUUCACAGUGAUCUGUCAUUUCCUCCUGUUCAAAAUUCAAAAACCGACUUCUAUAAUUUCUUACUAGUUGAUAUUCCAAUUACACAUAUAUGCACUUCUUACUAGUAAAUUUAUUUAUAUCAAUAAUUUAAUUUUUACUAAUGCAAAUGUUACUGAUUUCAACAAUUGUACUUGUAAAAAUGUCCAUCCAUCCAUCUUCAACCGCUUAUCCGAAGUCGGGUCGCGGGGGCAGCUGCUCCAGCAGGGGGCCCCAAACUUCCCUAUCCCGAGCCACAUUAACCAACUCUGACUGGGGGACCCCGAGGCAUUCCCAGGCCAGUGUGGAGAUGUAAUCUCUCCACCUAGUCCUGGGUCUUCCCCGAGGCCUCCUCCCAGCUGGACGUGCCUGAAACACCUCCCUAGGGAGGCGGCCAGGGGGCAUCCUUACUAGAUGCCCAAACCACCUCAACUGACUCCUUUCAACGCAAAGGAGCAGCGGCUCUACUCCGAGCUCCUCACGGAUGACUGAGCUCCUCACCCUAUCUCUAAGGGAGAAGCCCGCCACCCUUCUGAGGAAGCCCAUUUCGGCCGCUUGUACUCGCGACCUAGUUCUUUCGGUCAUGACCCAACCUUCAUGACCAUAGGUGAGGGUAGGAACAAAAAUUGACCGGUAGAUCGAGAGCUUUGCCUUUC